ACCGCAAAGGUUUCAAAAAUACCAUUGAUGAUGGAAAAAGGAACCCUUCCUGUCGAAUAUAAAGGCAAAUCGAUAAACGAAAUGGACAUUGAUAUUGACUAUCCCGAAGAAAAUGAACCUAAAGAGUCCUCGUCACCAAAUGCGCCCACACAAGACAAUGAAAUAUUGUUUGUGUGGAAAAAAGAAAAUAUUGAAGCGAAUAAAGAUAAUAAUAUUUUUGACCAACCAAUUCCUGAAAACAUUAAGAAGAACGAAGAUCAAGAAACUGCUGAUAUAGGGGGCCCAAUUAUUCCAGUAGCUGACAUGGCACACCAAACUGUUACCUUCUUGGAAUGCAAUUGUUUUUCAUGCUUUUCUUUGGGUUGUCGGGGCUCCAAAAGCGACAGUUUUGUUUGUUAACAAUACCCCUCUAGAUGGAAGUGAGCCUCAUCACUGAAUAAAAUGUUGUCCAAUCCUCCUUCGUUCCAAAACAUAUUCAUCAUUGCCUCACAAUAUUUUUUUCGUAAUUCGUAGUCUGUGGGCUUUAGAAACUGCACCAAUUGAAUUUUGUAGGGAUGGAACCGUAAGUCUUUGCUUAAAAUCCGUUGCACACUUGAGCGAUGAAUAUUCAGGGCCUGGCCAUGUUUUCGAAUUGAGCGCCUCGGAUGUUCAGUCGCAGCACGUCGCACAAUCUCAAUAUUCUCUGGCGUUCUGAUGGACCUCUGUUGACCGGGACGCUUCUGAUUUGCCACUGUACCACUUUGUCUAAAUCUUUUAACCCACGAUUUCAAUAUAUUGUUUGACGGAGCAUCACGUAAACGCCGAUUAUUGUAACGGUUACAAAAACGUCGCCGUGCCGCAACAUACGAAUCGUUCGAUUUUAAGAACGCUUCGACCAUAAACGCUCGUUGCU